AUGGCGCGUGUCCUUCAAACCGCGAGCAAAGCGCUGGUCGUCAAGGCGCCGGCAGCCGUCUCGCAUUCCCACAAGAACCUAAAGUCGGUGUUCCUGGCCGGCCCGACCAGCGGCUCCUACGACUGGCGGGGCGCCGUCAUCGAGCAGCUGCGGGACGAGGCCAUCAACAUCUUCAACCCGCACCGCCCGGACUGGGACUCCUCGUGGAGGGAGGACCUCACAUGUGCCCCCUACGUGGAGCAGGUCAGGUGGGAGCUGGAGAAGCAGGAGGAGGCCAGCGUCGUGGCCGUGUACUUUGGGACGGGGACCGAUGCGCCCAUUAGCCUGCUGGAGCUGGGGUUGUGCGCUAAGGAGAAGAGGGCCGUCGUGUUUGUGGAGGAGGGGUAUAGUAAGAAGGGAAACGUGCAGCUGGUCUGUGAGAGGUAUGGCGUUGAGCUGGUUGGCAAUAUGACCGGCUUUCGGGAUGGUAUCAUCAAGCUGUUAAGAUCUAGGCCAAGGGUAUCGUUUGGAUGA